AUGGCACUUCAACAAUCAUCGAAUCAACAAAGUUUUAUUGAUCAGAUGAGCAACAAUCCAACUAUAUUGUAUGAGAAGUAUCUGGUGUUCACCGAAUUGAAAACUCUCGCCAAUCAUGCGGCUGAGCAACGUUACAUGCUCAAUCUGAACGAAGUUGUUCGAAAUCCUGUGAUAUACGCAAAUGCCAGUGAAAUUGGAGGUGAAAUCGGUGCGAAGGCUGUUCAAAACCUGAAACUAGCAUAUCGGAGCUCCAAGGAUCCAGAGAGUUUUAUCAGUUUUUUGAGAACAUGCUUGGAAUUUAUGAAGAAAAUGAGUGUUUCAUUUAAUUGGUUGUUCUUCCAAGGAGCGAUUGAACACAUGACGAAUGGGAAAGAUGUGUCGCAGUUUAAACGAUUGCUGAAAAGUGGAGAAUGGAAUCUUCCGGAGGACGUGCUGAUGAUAUUGGGAGUUUUUGACGAGCCGUUAACGACAACACCCGCUAUCACAACCACCACAAUUGCGCCAUCGACAACUGAGCCACCCGAUAAUUUUGUUUUUGAACCGCUAGGUGAGUGGUGA